GCUGCCAGCCAGGCAAGGUUUCUUUUCGCUGACGUCUGCCGUGCCGUGGUGCUCCUACCCGUUUCCAGUUAUACCAGAGAAAAAAGGUGAAUAGCUUUUCUACUUUGCUAGUUUCGCCGCAGGAGGGCCCGUGUAGUGGAACUAAUCGGAGCCCAUUUUCCUGUCGUAUUCGACAUCUUUAAAUCGCGAUAAGAAGGUCAUCGGUCGCCUGACUUUUCCUCGUCUACGGGCUUUGAUUGCGCGAGGUGACCGCACUAAGUGGAGUGCGUUCUUGGUGGGUCUACCGCGGUGGGCGAGAAGAGAAUAAUACGCGUACAUUUCACGUUUCAUUUUUUUUCAAUGGUGGAACCGACAACAGCUGAAUGGAUUAAAUUUGAAGGUUAAACCUAUUGUUUCGCCAGUAGUUUAUAUGCAGUUUGAAGUGCCGAUCGAAACAUAUCCGCUUGGCUAUAAAACAGUGACAAACAAAUUAUGUAAACCCGUACCAUGAACCAAAAGUGUAGAAUUGCGGUCAUCUCUUGAAGCUGAUCGCGACGAGCUGCUCAGUCAGUGGAUGUGAACAACAACAAAAAAAGAGCAACGUAGAAGAAAAUCGAUUUUGUGUUACCCGCGGGAAGGCGAAGAAAUUCCACUCGGAUCUGACCGUCAUUUUUUUCUUCUUUUCGCGACGUCUGCUUUUGUGUUGGUGAACAAAAAAAUCGGGUUCGUCGCUACACACUUGGAAGACAAAUUCUUUUCGGGCCUGAUGGAAUGAAAAGUAGGCAACGAUUUGUACGUGUUGAAUGACUUGGCUGACUCAGAGGAGAUGAAAUGUAUUGACCCCGUUUUGUCGCGGUAUGCUUCGUUGGGAAAAACGCAUUUUGGUAACCUUGCAAUAGUGCAGUGCGAUCCGGCCAACCGUUGGAAUUGACUGAGUGAAGUGAGGGUGCUGACCUAAUCGCAACGGUAGGAGAAAAGGAGAACAACUACGAAGAAAUCGCGGGUGACUAAAUUCUAAUUGGAACUGCACCAACUGGAGAGGAAAUUGGACGCCGUUUUGUUCGGCCAGUGUCGCAAAGUGCAGUGGUAACGUAACUGAUCUGAUGAAUUUUCCUGCUGGAAAAUACAGCCAGGAUUAAAGUUGAUUAGCGAGCAGCCCUCGUCGGGAUAGCAGAAAAAUAAUUUACUGGAAGAAAUCGGCACGAAUGGUAUGGAAUUGCGUUCGAUGACCACCCCGAAGCAGCAACGCGAGGACCGGCGGUACUCGAUGCCGCACGGAAUGCACGGAUCGCUACCUCCCGGUGUGGCAGACGAUCUGCACGCGUGGUCCAUCUAUAGCUGUUUGCCUCCGUCCACUUACAGACAAAAUCUUAACUCAGACUUUGCCGACUCAGCCCUUGGGUCAUCGGAUAAAUCGCCCCAACCGUACAGUCCCCAGCAUCGUAGCAACGGCUACCGGGAUGAUCCAGCUAUUUCGAAUCACCCCCGCUACGGAGGUUCCAAAUCGAAUCCACUCAACUCCAAUAUGUACACCUACCUCAAAUUUGGUUUGCCACGGGUAUUCCCACCGAACGGUGGACAGCCGAGUCGGAAUCGAAACUCGUCCAAGGCGAACGGCCGCGGUAGGGUUAACCGAGGUUACCGAGACAGUACCGGGCCUGGGCCUGGGUCUUCCGGGUACGACAGCAGCGAUAACGAAACUCAUCGGGGUAGAGUGCCAGCUAAUUUAAGGAAAUACCGUAGCGAAUCGGAUUUUCGUGCAAUCGGAGCGACGAAUUCGCGACCAAAUUCUCGAGCCCAAGGUAUCCCCCUGGCAGCUCUGAAGCAGGCAAACAGCCGUGCCAGCAUAGCUGGAACCCACGUGUAUAACCCGUAUGCAACCAACUUGCGGCAUCACAACCUUCGAUCACAAAGCGAAGCAGACCUUCUGGCAGAGUGGGAUUACGACGAUUCGGCAGCAUACGGCGAAACGAGACUGUAUCCGGAGGAAAUCUAUAACACACAAAGUCGAAGGCACUCGAUAGCGGGGCUUGUUUAUCCAAACAUUCAAGUGCAUUGCUUGGACGUAUUGCCCGGGCUUAGGGGUGUUUCGCUGCAAGCCAAGGCCGGUGAUUUGUUCGCCAUUAUGGCCACAUCCCAGCGUGAAGGAACAGCACUUGUUGAAGCGUUGGCUGGUGUGCGGAAACGCAUGAACGGAGAAAUCCUGGUCAAUGGACAGCAGGUGAACAGACGUAUACUUAGGCAACUGUGCGGGUACGUGCCCGAUCUACAAACUGCACCCCUCGACCCGCGAAUGAGUGUCCAAAGCACUCUGUCAUUUCAUGCUGCACUCCGUGGCCCGUACGACCGCAGCGACCUCAAGGAACGUAUUGAUAUCCUCGUGGAAGACCUUGGUCUGACCGCUGUACGGUCUGCUAAUGUCUCCCGUUUGACUCAUUCGGAAAAACAAAGACUGAAUGUAGCAUGCCAACUACUAACGCAAACAUCUAUACUGCUACUUGAUCAGACCACUGUGAAUAUGGAUAUCUUUGAUACGUUCUUCCUGGUAGAAUACUUACGGCAGUGGUGUAGCGCGGGCAGGAUGGUCGUCAUGACACUGCAGCCACCGACCUUUGAAAUUCUCUCGAUGUGCUCCGGAGUACUGCUGCUGUCUGGUGGUAGAACAGUAUACUCCGGAAGUAGAGCUGAUUUGCCAAGACAUAUGGGUACUCUUGGGUAUCCUUGUCCUCCGUUUAAAAAUCCUGCAGACUACUAUUUGGAUUUGGUAACACUGGACGAUCUUUCUGCGGCGGCUUUGCUGGAAUCGUCUGCCCGCAUCGAAUCGCUGGCCAACUCAUGGGAUCACGUUAAUUCAGAGCCACCGCUCGCUGCUCCUGUUGCCAAUUUGCCGGAACCAACUAAAAGUGCUGGAUUUUUCGGGCAGAUUAAUGCUCUUGCUAAAAGGUACAUGUCUUACAAACAACCCGGAUCGCUGCUGAACUGGAUAAGCAGACUUAUUCUGGCCGCCGUGUUGUCCCUCUUUGUAGGAUGUAUCUUCUGGGAUGUGCCAGCGUCCGAUCCACAGUUAAAUCUAAACGAUCGAUUAGGCUUCCUUCACUGUAUAAUAAUGCUUGCCCUUUGGCCAUUGUUGAUACUACAAAUCCGCGACAUUCAGGAAGAUCGACGACAUGCGGAAAAAGACCUUCGUCUGAGUUUGUACGGAAGAUUUCUCUACAUCAUAAUCCAAACGACACUCAGCGUAUUGCCAAGCCUUUGCAUAUGGUUAGCAUAUUUGUUGCCGGCCCACAGCAUGGCUGGCCUCUACUCGUCAUCGAGCAACAAUGACACUGCAAUAUACUUAUACAUGGGUUACAUGUUACUUUACCUUAUGGCCAUACAAACGAUAGUGUUAUUCAUUGCCCACCUGGUGUCGUGUGGAAUUACUGCAACUAUCAUAACCUCUCUGGUGCUGCUGUUUCUGUCCGCCGUUGGGGGCUAUUCCAUCCAUUCCCGAAACGUUCCCGACUACCUGUUGUGGGGUGAAGUGGUAUCACCUGAAAAAUGGAUCUUGCCAUUGUUCACCGAACAGGAGUACAGCCCGGAAACUCUCACCGCCCUCAUCAGUCAGCAGAUGUGCCGGAACAAGCAAGUACAGCAUCAGGAGAUCAUCGUUCAGCAACCCUGUCCACCGCCGAACGGAACCGCCGUGCUGGUCGAUCACCAACUGCUGGCCCGGGAUCACGUACUCGAUCCGACCGAUAUGUACUCCUCAACGGUACUGGGAUUGCUGCUUACCAGUAUCGUGUUUUUCGCGCUCACCAUGUUUGUCUUUCUGAUCAACUGUCAGAAUCUGUUCCGGACACGAACCGAUCGUCGGCAGAAGCGCGUCUAGAAUACCGAUGCCGCAGAUAGGACUUCGCAACGCACCGGGACAACUGUACUAAUAUAUUCGUAGGGCAAUCCGAUUCGAACGAGAGAUAGAGGUUUUAGUUGAUUUUUUAUUUAAUUGAAAUUAUUAGAUGGUACUAUUUUGUAAGUAUAAGUAUGGAAGAAUGAGAUCGAUAGCAAUCUAUUUAAGGUUUUUAAUCGAAUGUUUUAGAGAAGCAAAUAAAUACAUCACUGAGAAUGGUUAGUAGCGAACAUGAAGGAUCAAUCUACAAAACACAAAACAGAUAAAAAUAAGUUGGAAAUAUAUUUUACGAAAAAUUGUUAGCGAUAAUGGUCCCUAAAUGCGAACGAAAUAGAUGCAUACAUACAUUUCAAUGUUAUGCUGAAAGCGCUUAGAUAAAUACAGUUUAAUAAAGUUCAUUUUUUAACAAACAGA